UCCGCUUCUCUCUCCAGGGAAUAAGGUAAGCUGAGUGCGGACGGAGGAAAAGGAAAGCUCAUUACCAGAGGUUGCGAGACACGCCAGCUAACCAUAUACAGGUGAGCCGUCCUUGUUAGUUAGUUAGUGUAACUAUCACUGAUAAACGAAGAGGAAACCCACUGAAGACAACAAACCAAGAGUAAAGCUACAGUUUGAGGACCGCGAAGGAAGCGGGAAUCGGCAGGUUUCAGAGUUGAGUCCCGGAGUUGGCGACAAAACACACAGUCUUCAGGGUCAGUCAACGUUCUUCUGGUGUGGAGAGUCCCCAGGCAAAAGGUAGGAAAUGCCUCGUGCUGGGCCUUGUUGCACAAAGAGAACUCACAACUUCCUGAGGACAGGGGUCUACAGGAGAUUUUGUCUUCUUCUUCUUCAGCCUACACACCAACUGAGUAGUGGCGUGAUAUUCUAUACUGUGUGUGUUGUACUGAGGGAAACUGCCACUGCAAAAAGUCACUGUCAUUUCAAAAAGAUAAAUGAUCUACUUCAGGUACGCAUCAAAACUGAGGAAGUAAGUAUCACUGGAAGUGUUUGGUACUGGUUUGUUUACUAUGUGGUCAUGAAAAAAUAUGUGGAGCAUGCUUAAAGCUGGGAAUUAAGAAUUUAAAAAAAAAUCUGUCAUUAAGCUGCCCACUAGAUUAAAUGUACUUUGUGUGCAUGUAGAGUGGAAAGAUGAUUAGCAGGGGUGAGGAGGUCAACUUACAGCUUGCUAGAUCUGUUGCAAUAAAGUGUAGUAGCAUCUGAUCAUGGGUCAGCUUGAGCAUUUUAGCUUCUGUUCUUUUUGUUAACUACCUUGAGAGAUGUGAUCAAACCACUUGUUUGUUUUGUGUGCUUGUAGGCAUUUUCAGUUAGCAAAUUAGUAUUUUAGGAAGCAGAAAGUUUAUUUAGUGUGGUGGCUAAAUUGCUCUAAUCUUGGUGUCUCUGUACCUGCAAUGUUUAUGCACGAAAGUACUUCUUUAGAUAAACGGGAAUUUAAAGUCAGACACCAGAUGGUUUCUGACAAGUAACUGCCAAACAGUGAGGUGGUUUCCAGUCAUGUUUAUGUUCCAGGCACUUUAUUCACUUGGUUACUAUAGCAGAUGAAAUGCAUCCUUCUCAAAAGGAAAUCUGCUGGAAACCCUCAGUUGUUUUACACUUUAAGAGGAAUGAGUAGGAGACAUGAGUGUAAAUAAAGAAGAAAGAGACUGAGUGACAUUAGAGCCUGGGAUGCCAAGGCUAACAAAUUAUAGAAAUUAAAGGAAUAGUAGAUUACAGGGAUUAAAACAAGUGAUUAUGAAAAUAAUAAGUUAUCAAUUUUUCAGUUUAACUACCUGAUUAAUUGACUGAGUUACUGCUUGCAGCUCUGCCCGUUAGUCAGGCUCUGGUAAGGGGCCUUCAUCUCUCCUUGGCUUAAUCCGGUUGUUCUAUCAGGGUGGGUAAUCCUGAUAAUUUGCACUCAUUGAGCGAAAACAAAAAUGUGGAGAAUGCUGGCCAAUUUAAUUUGCUCGAUUUCAUCUGCCAUUUGGAGGGUGUUAAACUGAGCGGGGAGGUCACAGUGGCCAAGUGGGUUCUAGAUUAAACAUUCAAAUCUCCUUCCUCAAAAAUAUGCUUUGGAUCAGAACUGUUGUUCAGUGUCAAGUUGGAGGCAGAGGGAGAAGUGCAUAUUUACUGUUUGCCCACACAGACUGCCUCUAUCUGCCUUCCCGGUUGUUUUGCAAUUCAAAUCUCCUAAUGCAACACUGAGCAAAUUUCCCCUUGUUGUCCUUGAUGAAGCUGCUGCUCUGUAUCUGGACUGUCCUUUUCAUGCAUCUAAAAGCAUAAUACCAGGUAAAAAGAGGGAGAUUAGAGGCAUGUCUGCUACUUUCAUCAUGGCACUUUAGAUAGUGAUCAAACAGUUUCUUAUACGUUUUCCUUUUUUAUCCUCAUGUUUGUUUUCUCCUUGGUCUCCUUCCUUUCCAGACUUAAUGUCACUGACAUGCCCAGCAGCAAAAGCUCCAUGCGUGAAUGACUCCUGUUGUCAGUAAGCUUUUGCCACUGACUGCAGUGACUGCAUUUAUGUGCUCUUUGUGGAAAGGAAUUCAACAAAAGCAGGACAAAAACAUGUUAUUCUGCUGGCAGAGUUUGUUUGUUAAAUAUUUUUUUUUGUGCCUGUGACUGGAUGCAGGCUUAGUUUAAUGGACCAACACAAGCACAGGUGUGCAUUCAGGGUGGGUGGAGCCUGUUAGGUAACCAAACUAGGGCUGCAGCUGAAUAUUUGAAUGUUGAGGUUCGUUCAUUGCAUAAGUGCAUGGAUGGAAGUUUCAGGAUUUGCGUGUUUCUUCUUCUUCUUUUCCUUCUUUUUUUAUACAUGUGGAGGUACAUGCAGUCUUAACUCUGAUGCCUUGCUCUCAUCACUCUGGUAUGAAGCCACGAUCGUUCUUCUUCACUUCAUGUCAUAGUUACAAACUUAGCGACUUUUCAUAGCGCUUUAGAAACAAAAAGCUAUCAAAGGCCUUUCUCACCCCAGGCACGCCUCUCUCUUUUCCUUUGUACAAUUUAGAAAGCUGCAACACCCAAAAUAAGUGUGUGAAAGAAGAAAAUUACAAGCAUCCUGUUGCUUUUAACUUUCUCCCUGAGCGAUAAUUUCACUUGUCCAUUUAGCCAAAAUCACAGCACAGCCAUUAUCUUUAUAUAACAUGUGUACAGCGAUUUUUUUCUUUCCUUUUUUUUGUGAGAUGACAACGCAGUAAAAAAACAUGUGACCCGAGCAGGAAACCCACAUUUAUAUUUGUCAGCUGGACAAGCUUCAAUAGAAGUGAAUGGGGAAACGUGGUAAAUAUUUAUUACUUGAGAAACUGCUGUUACAACAACUCGUGGGAACACUUCUUGUUUUGGUGUGUUUGAUUGACAAUCUUCCAAACUUGAGUUACUGAGUGAGCAAAAACCUUUGUAGGAGUGUGCCCUUCCUUGAUGCUUGGAUCUCAGCAAUGAGGGAGUGUAUUUACUGUUAGAGUCUGGAAUGCAGGUUUUCCCUCAAAACCGGUCUCUGAAAUGCUUCUGUUAUUUUCUGUGUUCUACGACUGUCCAUUCACUACUGAUAAUUGCCUCACAUUAUAUAGGUACAAGGGAGCAGUAAGGCCUGACCAGGAAUGCUGUUGUCUUGGAGUGCCGUUGGUCAUUUAGUACUGUAACCUGACUUUAGCCACUCCAGGAGGUUGAACAAUUAUGAGAGGGGAAAACGCCCAUUUCUACUUAUGUCCUCGGAGCGUCUCAAAGGUAAUAGGAUAGUGUGUUGAUGUGAAAAUUUACGAUCUGUGUGGCAGCAGAUGGAUGGGGAUGAGAUUUUGGAUUUUCCAUGACUGCAGUAACAAACCUUAUAAACCUGAGGCUAGACCCGUAGUACGUCACUGUGUUGCUACUAAAUGGCUGACAUGGUUCUUAGAAGAAGGGUUGGUAAAUUCUGAUUAAUCAAAUAACUAAAUCUAAAGUGUGCUUGGUCUCUGCGCUAACAGUCAUAAUUGGUGCUUAGGCAUCUUUGCAAAUAUUCGCCAUUGGCACAUUGUUAACCUGGCACUUCUGCCCAUGCAUAUUCCCUCAGUAGAGGAUUAAAUAUUUAACGUCAUUAUGUAAUCAGUAUUGAAACGAAAACUUUGUCCUUAUGAUAUAACAAAGCUUCACUACAGGCCUGUUUUUCCUGUCUGGAGGUGUCAUGAGAACUUUUGGAUUGCAAAUCGAAAUUAAGUUGCGUUGAGCACAGUGGAUAGGAAAAAGGGGAGUCCCUUUUCAACGUGUUUGUCUCAGAGUAUGCCAGACAUAGAUGGUCUAAACUUAUCUUUUAAAUCAAAUAGUGACCUCAUUGCUUUGCUGAGGGCUCACAGUUCUGUGAUCUUCUCUUAUGCACUUUUGUAUUCGACCAGGAAGUGUCCCGCAGGCUGUCUCUUAUCAGAUGUUCACGUACUAUCUACACAGGCCAACAGAUGGAAAUCAGGAAGGGCAGUGACUUUGACUCAGAGUUCUGGAGCAGACUGUUUCAUGGGGCUGUGACUGCAGAAAAAGAAGGCAGGAAAAUGACCUAAAUAGUAACCAACGUGACGGACAACCUGGUGCAGAUGUGUUUGUGGUAAUUUUCCCAGUUUCAACCACAAGGAAGACACAUGCAUCAGCGCUCAUACACGUACACCAUAUCUACAGAUUCUGCCCUUCCCUUCCUGCCAUUCGCCCCAGUCCUCCAUGGAUUCCUACAACUUCCACUUUGAGAGAAUGAGCAACGUGGAUCUGCAUCCUCUGAGCAUGCCUGUCAGCCGGCUUUCCCCAGCCAAGUCCAGCAGUAGCAUCGUCGACCAACUUGCACACCACCAACACGGCAAAGGAGACUCUGCCUAUAGCUCCUUCUCUGGUGGUUCCACUGCCCCAGACUAUCCAUCUCCCUUUCUUCCAGAGGACCUUCAGCCAAACUCCUUCAGCCACUAUGCUGAUCUUAAGUAUGUAAAGUCCAUUUACCAUCCGACCCAGGUUCUGCAGUCUGACUCAAAGACCAUGGACCAGCUCUAUCGCUCAGUUGAAUCUAUCGCCCAUGAGUACCGCAACAAAACUAACACUAAUGUAAACCACCUUAACUACAAUGGCAGUAACAGUGUCCAUACCAACAACAAAGCACUCUCAAAAAGAGAGAUGCAUUUGGGGAAUUCAGCCCAAAGUGCUGUCCCUCCUGUCCGUCCUCCUCCAGUUCCAGCACGCCUGGAUAGUUUUAUAGCUACUAAAAACUUUGAAAACAUCCAUCAUAAUAAUGCUGAAUUUCAGCUCCAGCAGCCUUAUCAGAAGGCCAGACCCCAAGUUCGGCAGCACCAUGAUCUAAAUGCCACAAAACCUGAGACAGCUAAUGCUGAUACGAGCAACUCGGACUUCACUUCUGACCCAGUAUACCCAGUUUGGAGAGGCUCUCAACAGCAGCAGCCACAGGCACAGGUGCCACCAAACUACCGACCCCACCUCCAGCCUAAUGAUCAGACCAGGCUGCCUCUGAACCCAGAAUAUCUAUCCAUCAAAGAGAACAAAGCUGCCUCUGAGCAGCAGAAGUCAGCAAACAAUCUAAGCCGAUCUAUUCCUCGAGGCACAAGUCAGCCUGACCACCUGCCAGCCAAAAAGCCCCCGAGCACUGGUGGAUGUAAUGGAGACCAUUAUAGCAAAGCUAGUAAGCGCCAUCUUGAAAGUCAGCGCAAAAGGGCACAUUCUGCUUACGACUGGCUUGGUUCAGAGCCAGCCCGAGCUGCCAACCCCUGGGGGAGUAAUGAUCAGAGUCUUAUCAGCGGCAGCAGCAUUCAGCACAAGGGUCAAUACUACUUUGUCACUGGAGUGUGUAAGCUGUCUGAGUCUGGUUUGAAGACACACUCUCUUUCUGUUUGUGGUUCUGAGGCUGGAAGUGAAGUCUCUACUGUGUUGGAGACGCACAAGCUAAGAGAAAGAUGCCACAGCACAAUGGACAAUUUGUUUAGACCUCUCCAAGAGACUUCUCGCUCCUCCAGUGGUACAAUUCUAGAUGAAAAUGAUGUUUUCACUUCUGUUACCCCAGGAAAAGAUAUGAUCUCUGAGAGUCGGGAGCAACUUAAACCGUCCUUUAAGCUGACGCAGUCCUCGCGAAGCUUCGAUGCCUUAGAAGAAAUCGACACAGUGCAGAAUCGAGAAAUUGGCCGGCACACUGCCAGCAACCCUAUAUUUUAUUGUGGUCCCGAAAGAAGCUGCUCACAAUCAGCCUCACCAACAAUGGAGGAUACAUCACUGAUUAGCAAUGAGCAGUCCAACCACCACAAGAGAGACGAUCAUGCAAAGAGAGGGAAAUGGCAGCCCUUAGGGGAUGUUGCAAGUGAGAGGAUAAACAAGGAAACAACCCCGCUUCUGUACCACCUCACUGGUGCCAGCAGAGCAGCAUUACAGCCCAAGAAUGAGCCUGGGAUCAGUGUAAAAGGCAAGGAAACAGUCUUAAACAAAACAGGCCAAGGUGAUGUGCCAGUAAAUGACAGUGAGACACCUCCACAGGGUGACAUUAGCAAGAAUAAUAGAGGUGAUGAUAUUUCAGUUGCCUGUAACACCUUGGAUGACUCAUUUAAAAAGUACUACAAAGAGAAGCUGAAGGAUGCUCAGUCAAAAGUUCUGAGGGAGACGUCAUUUAAAAGGAGGGACCUGCAGCUGUCGUGGCCACACCGGAUCAGGGAAAAGCCAGAGCUGAGACCCGGAGUGAUUCAUCGUUUCUCUUCAUCACAGGACUCAGAGACUUCUAGCGACACGCUCACUCCUUCUGUCACUUCAGAAGGGAUGGAGAAGGGGAGCAUAAAAGAAGAAGACAUCAGUGAUCACAUGGAGAUUGGCAAAAAGCAUGAAAAUGAAAGUGGGAGGCCAACAAAUGUUGCCCAGCCACAGGUGGCACGAAUUGGAAGCAGAAAGAGACUGACUCCUGAGCAGAAGAAGAUGUCUUACUCGGAGCCAGAGAAACUCAACCACCUCGGCGGUGGCCCACACCACUCAGCCUGCCGCUCAUUUGGCAAUGAAAGCGACGACCUGUUUUUGGAUCAAAAUGAGGGAGAGGAGCAGGUGCCGCAAGAAGAGCAGGGAUUGGUUGAAGCACGGAGGAAGAUGUUUGAGACAAGAGGUCGAGCUCUUUCAACCUCGAGCACCUCGAAGACAAACCUAAAACAUCUGCGACAUCAGGCUCUGGUGGAUUACAUGGAGCGUAAGACGGGCCAUAAAGCGGCCGAACCCCAGCAACCAACAUCUCAGAUACCACCUCCACCCAGACAGAGGCACUCUCUUGGGGAGAAACCAUUUGACUGGCCAGGUCCCAGGUCUCUAUCGGGGAAUUAUGAAGCUAAAAAUACAAAGAAGAAGCUUAACAGACCCCACUCUGCAGGCCGAAUCCUCGAUUCCUCCACCAGCUCGAUCAGGUAUGCACAGUUCUUCUCAGCACAGUCCUGUUCAGGCCAAUAUAGUGGCCAGCAAAAUCAGUCCAGAUGGAGAGAGAGCCAAGGUCCUUCUCAGGGAAAGUCUGCAUCAGCGGAGAGUCUCUUGGACCAGCCAGAACCACCUAGUUUCCUUAGGAACCGUUCCACAUCCACACCGCACACACUUGAGGCAAAUGAAUAUGAGGAGGAUCUACUACCAGCUAAUACUAUGGAGACCAGCAGUUCUGAGAAGAUUGCCAUUAAGGAAUCCUCGAGAAAGUCAGCUCCUGUGGACCAUCACCAGGUCCGUGUACCGUCACAGAGGGGAAAAUCCAUGGAAGAGCUUGGGGUAUCCCAGGUGACAAAGGUGUCAGCCCUGAGUAAAAGUUCUGAACAGCUGGAUCAUCUGCAGAGGUAUUCGAGUGAGAUGGGACGACCAGACUUUUCUGAUGAAAGAGAAGCCCAGGGGCAGGAAAGAAGGAGGAAGAAACUAAGUGUUUCGGAGAAAACAGGAAAAGAGCCAGAGAUUGUUGGUCAGAAGCACACUCAGGGACAGUCACAAAACCAAACCCAGAGGAAAGCCCUGUUGAAGGACAACUCAAAGGAGGAUGCUACAGUCAGAUCAAGGAACUCAAGUGGAUCAAUCUCCCCUAUCUCCUCCUCUUCCCCUUCUCAGGCCAAGGUUCAUCCUGCGAGUCCUGGAUCUCAUGGCCCUGUCACAGAUGAAUGCAGGUCUAGCAGAUCGCCUAGUGAGUCUUCCUCAAACCCACCGUCCCCUGGAGGUGAAGAGAUCACUGAGAGGGAGAUUAAAUCCACUGCGUCCACCCCCACUCAGACAAAGCUUCCUUUUGAAAACAGAUCCAGCAGAGGCAGCACAUCUUCUGUGACUGAAUCAGAGAGGGAGCAGUCGGUGAAUGAACCAAGCAGUAAUGGCCAGCCACCUGAUUCAAACCAUGAGGUGUCUCUGAGCUGUGGCGUCACCACAGAUCCUUUGCUCUGGAUUCUGUCACCAGAAGAAGAGGUCAAAGAGGAAGUCAAGACUACACCUCUGACUGACAGUGUUUUCGACUCCACUAGUGCAGUCCCUCUAAAGCAGAUGAGUGAAACCUCUGUGUCUCCCUGCACGUCGGUCUCCGACGAAGACAUCAGUCAUCAGGUGGAUGAGGAGAAAGAUCUGGUAAUGGAAGAUGAGAAUGUGGGAGAAAACCAGGAGAUGGAGGAAAGGGGAACACCAGAGGGAGAGACGGAGGGCCAGGAGACACCUGCUGAGAGACCUAAGUGGGAGGAGCUUGUAGAAGCAGUUGUCGGAGCCGACCAGACGUUAGCUAGAGUGCUCUACCCACUGACCAAUCGUAAGACAGCGCUCAUGCUGAUGGAGCAGCUGCUGUCGGAGGACACACUGCUCAUGGAGGAGCACUACAAGAAGAAACAAGAGCAGAAUGGAGCAGCAGAAAGUGCUGAAACAGUGGAAGGGUCGGAAGCCUCUCCCUGUCCCCCUGCUCCCGACAGUGAGAAAUCAGCAGACCUGCAAAGCAAAACUGACAUCACAGAGAAGAAGCGUUUGUUGGCUUCGUACAUCGAGGACCGUCUGCGCUCGUAUGAAGAGACGCGUGGAGCCCUCCAGGUAGAGGUUCAGGAGAACACAGCCCGCGGGGAAGCGCUACAGGUGCUGGUCCGUGAGCGUUGUCUCCCUGUGGAACUGGAGAGGUACAACCUGUUCAUAGGUGACCUGGAGCGGGUGGUCAGUCUGCUGCUGUGCCUGUCUGCUCGGCUGGCCAGGGUACAGAACGCCCUGAGCACCGUGGAUGAGAACACUGAUGCUGAGGAGAAGCAAUCUCUGGACAGUCGCCAUCGUCUGCUAUGCAAACAGAGGGAGGAUGCCAAAGAUCUGAAGGAUAACUUGGAUCGCAGAGAAAACCUCGUCUCCACCUUCCUGUCACGCCAGCUGUCCGCCGAACAGCUACAGGACUACCGGCGCUUCGUCCAGACCAAGGCGUCGCUGCUCAUCCGGCAAAAGGACCUGGAGGAGAAGCAGAGGCUGGGAGAGGAGCAGCUGGAGGCCCUUACCGGCAGCCUGGAUCUGUGAGGGGGAAAUUUUGGAUUUGCUUCGCUUACCUAAAAUGAGGAUGGCUUCUUCAAAAUGAGACAUGUAGAGACAUGUUGGCUUUGUAGAGGUCCAGCUGGUCUCUGCAACCCUUUGCACUCUGUCAUGACUGUUUUGGUCAUUGAAAAGAGUUUAGCAGAGUUACACCAAGACCCACGAUACCCCUCUUCUAUUUGUUUAUAUAGGCAGUGCAUGAGGUGAGCAGUAAUGACUGAAGUUGCUUACCUUCCUGUCAUCUGCUGAGACUCAUAAAUGCUCACUGACUCCGCCCACCACUGUUUCCAGGCUUGUCCCACUACGGUACAUCUUUUACUUCGAACAGGAGUGAACUGUUUUUGUUUGGGGGGUUUUCUGUGUGCCUUGAUGAUAGCUGAAGCUGUGGAACAUUUUCCAUUAGAGCUGCUGUGGGGACACUUUUUUAGCAAUGCAGAAACCCUCCCUUCACUUUUCAUUAGUGCUUCAGCCCUGUAUCUGCACCUGUGGAAACCUACUAUAAGCUUUAAGAUUGUAUUUGAGCAGCGGGAGGACGCCAGUGAAAGAAAGCAGUCUGAAAGAGAGCGAUGUACUGUAUCAUAUCAGUAAAAAUGUACAAUAGAUGUAGAAGAGUUAAUCUUUUUUUAAUGUUCUUAUUUUUAAAUGUGUUUCAAAUGAAGGCACUAAAAACCAAAAAAAAAAUAGGUGAAUGGAAAAAAGCACUUUGUAAAAAAAAAACCUAAAUGCACAUUUCUUCAAAUCAGAUUCAAGAUCAUUUCAAGUGGAAGCCUUACUCCAUCCAUUUAAACAAUAUUUCUUCCUGUUUCAGGUUCGUUUUAAAUAGGAAUGUUGAGGUGAUCUUUUUUAAAAGGUACAUGAGCGCAUCAAUCAGCAUGAAAAAUUGUGUACAAAUUCUUUUCCAGUUAAUUUCAUUAAAGCCUUGAUGAUUUAUACUGGAAUAGUUCUUCAUACGGAGGUGCUAAGCCUCAUAAAAGCAGAUUACACAUAAGCAACAAUUAUAUCACUGAGUACUUUGCUCCCCAAUGUCCUUUUGUCGCAUAGCCGAUUCUUGAUACUUGAAAUGCCUUUUGUUUUAAGUUUUUUAAUGAGAAAAAUUCGCAAUCUUCAAUUCAGGCGUCUUAGACUGGUUUCCUGUUCUCUACCUCCACAGAGUAGCCCCCUCUAGAAACACGUGAUGCUUGUUUCAUUUUACACACUUCUCUUAAGUUAAAGGCUGUUUCUGAAAG